AUGGACGUCCGCCUCCUGGCUCGAAGCCUCCGCGCCAGGCCGACGCCAUUCCUCCAACAGCGAACCCAAACGCUACCCCGAACAACCCUAGCCACCUCAAUCCGCUUCAACUCCUCCUCAUCCGACGCCCCAACAGACACCCCAGCACCCGUCCCAGCCGCGUCCUCCACACAACCCACAACCAAAACAGCAACAGCCACACGAGGCAAGAAACCCUCGGACUUCGACGACAUCCUGGACAGACUUGACCUGAACCCGAAACAAGACUCCCCCCAGCGCGGCCGUCGCAUCUUCACAGACAGCCUCUCCCGCGCCCUCGGCCCAUCGCUUGGUCGACAGGCAUUUGUCGAGCCUGAACGUGGCCAGGACCUUGCUACUGCGCUGCGCAAGCUUAACAACACCAUUACGCAGAAUAAGCUUCGUCAAUCGGCUAAUGCGCAGCGUUUCCAUACGCGGAAGGGUAUGGUUGCUAAGCAGAAGAAGAUGAUGCGGUGGAGGAGGCUGUUUAAGGUCUCGUUCCAGAGUACUGUGCAGAAGAUUCAGCGGAUGCAGACUCAGGGUUGGUGA